CUCACGCUAGGCGGUGGGCGGGGCCUCCAGCCUGGGCGGCGGGGCGGCAGGAGAGAGAAGCGCAGCUGCCGCGAUGGAGCUGCGGAGGACGCUCCAGGUGUGCUGCUUCCACCGGCAUCUUCUCCAGCGCAAGAGGAGCCCCUGGCAGCUGGUCUCCCCGCCCUGCCGGUGGCGCACCGAGGCCCAGUCGGCCAGCUCAACCGGACAGAGGGGGCUGUUGAAGAGGACCCUUCUGGGGGCAGCAGUGGCCCUCCCCCUGGCAACGGGCAUCUACUACAGCUUGGCAGAGAAGCAGGACCAGAGGAAGAUGCGGCUGUUGGCCGGUGGCGUGGUGCGCUUCGUCAGGUCCCUGCGGCUGGGACUCCAGAUCUCCUUGGAUUACUGGUGGACCAAUCACAUCGUCUUGAGAGGCCUGGAUGAGAACAGCCCGGAGUACGCGGCUGCCGUCUCCAGGUGCCACCAGCGCUCGGCCGACAGCAUCGUCUUCGGGGCCAUCCAGAACGGGGGUCUCUACAUCAAGCUGGGCCAGGGCCUGUGUGCCUUCAACUACAUCCUGCCCCCGGAGUACGUCAACACUUUGCGCACCUUGGAGGACCAGGCGCUCCGGCAGGGAUACUCGGAGGUGGACGAUCUCUUCCUGGAGGACUUCAAGGCCAAGGCAGAUCAGCUCUUCCUGGAGUUUGACUACCAGCCCAUUGCGGCGGCCAGUUUGGCCCAGGUGCACCGGGCACGGCUUCAUGAUGGCACCCCGGUGGCUGUCAAGGUACAGUACAUCGACCUGAGAGACCGCUUUGACGGGGACAUCCGCACCCUGGAACUCCUGCUGUGGAUCGUGGAGCUGAUGCACCCCAGUUUUGGCUUCGCCUGGGUCUUGCAGGACCUGAAGGGGACCCUGGCCCAGGAACUGGACUUUGAGAUCGAAGGCCACAACGGGGAGCGUUGUGCCCAGGAGAUGAAGCACUUCCGGUUUGUGGUCGUUCCUCGCGUCCACUGGGAGAAAAGCAGCAAGCGGGUCCUGACGGCUGACUUCUACGAGGCCUGCAAAAUCAACGACUUGGAGGGGCUGCUGCGGCAGGGCCUGAGCCCCAAGGAUCCGGCAGAGAAACUGAUCAAGAUGUUUGCCGAGCAGAUCUUCUUCACCGGAUUUAUCCACGCGGAUCCCCACCCAGGAAACGUGCUGGUGCAGAAGGGCCCAGAUGGGAAAGCACAGCUGGUUAUCCUGGAUCACGGCCUCUACGAGGUCCUUCGCGAGAAGGAGCGGGAAGCUCUGUGUAAGCUCUGGCGCGCCAUCAUCCUGCGGGACGACGCCUCCAUGCAGCUGCAUUCCAAGCAGCUGGGUGUAAAAGCCCAGGAUUACUUGGUCUUCUGCGAGAUGCUGCUGCAGCGGCCCAUCAACAUGGCGGAGCUGGUGCUGUCCAACGUGUUGACGGCGGAGGAGACGGCCUACAUGCGCGACAUGGCUAAGCACCGCUUCGACUGCGUCAUGCGGGUGUUGAGGGACCUGCCCCGCUCCAUGCUGCUCGUCUUCCGGAACAUCAACACCGUCCGGAGCAUCAACGUGGCCCUGGGGGUCCCCGUGGACCGCUACUACCUCAUGGCCAGAAGGUGUGUGAGCCGGCAGGCGAAGCGGGGCGGACUUCAACUCCCAGAAUUCCCCUUUUCCACUUGGGAAGCCCUUUUGCUGAAGCCAAGAUAUACGACAUCUGCCACAUUCCCACCAUCUAUUAAGGAAGCUGCUUAUCUAUUAGGAAGGUUGCCAAAAAAGGAGAUGAAGGUUCCUCCGAGUGUUGGUAAACCCUCGCUGGCUGGGGAAUUCUGGGAGUUGAAGUCCUUAAAAGCCGCCAAGGGUGAGAGAGAGAUUCCUCCAGGGUUAGUUUAGCAAAACUUUUAUUUGAAA